UGUUAUGUAUGCAUAAUACUUUACUUAGUAAAUAAAUACCUACCUGGUAGAAAGUACAUAUAUUGUUUCUCUCUGCAGCUUCAGUAAGGUAAAGCAAUUCUUUACAUCUCUAAAAUAGAAACGCUAUGUUUAGGUAAGGAUCGAUCGAUCGAUUGAUCUAUCCGUCUAUUUUAUUGUCUAUUUUAUUGGCGACCUAAUGAAGCAGGAGGAGAUUAUCAAUAUUAUGCACUUGGACAAUAUCUGACUUUGGAUAUUUUAUACGAAAGGGGAAACGUCCCGCGACAUGCCAAUAAUUAAUUCACAAAUUAAUUACAAGUACCUACUCAAUCUAAGGCACGUAAGGCUGAAGGUCUAUCUUUUUAUAGAUUCCGAGGCCGUGCUUUUGGACCCCAUAAUCAAAUCAUGACUGCAGCAGAGAUAUUGAUAUUGCGUGAGUGGCGAAGAGAUCCUCCGGGACCUGUAUGUAGGGGGGGAGGAGGGCAGAGAAAUCAUUGCUGAACUCAAGACCCUACAGCUUGACUAUAUAAUGUAUCAUACCUUCGUUUUCUCGUCUGAAUUCGAACCCUUCACCUCCUUUGACUAAGAACCUACCAUCUAAUAGUUCUAUAGUCCCCAUCUCCUACCCCUGGUUCUUAUAAUGCGAGAGCUCUUUGGUGCUUAUGCCCUAGGGGCGUUCUUUGGAGGUUUGCUUUUCACAGGAGUCGCCAAUGCGCAAAUGAAGGUCAGCAGCUUCGAUGGUCCCGUCACUGAGGAAGAGCUCAAAUCCUUCAACGACCACGUUGCUACUCUGAAGCCUGCUACCGACAACAAGGGAAAUCAAUGGGUGCAAGGCCAUAGCGGAGAGCUGACAAAGGCAAUGGGCCUUGUCUAUCAGAUGGCUGGACAGCAAGAAACUCUAGACCAGAUGCUUCGCUUUUGCGAUGCUGUCCUAUCGGAGAGGAAUGACUUAGCAAAAGCACCGGUAGGCCAGCAUAAGAUUUGGACAGGCGGAAUUGAUCCUGUCUGGCCGAACAAUAUUACCCAAAAUCCGAUCCAAACCGGUGGAGGAGAAGGCGACCCGGUCGGACACCUGGCUAGCUGUGCCUAUCUCAUAUUGAAGACAGACAAGCUUUAUAACCAGAAAGUGACCACCGGUGAUCCUCAUAAGUAUGGCGCUACCUAUUUGGACCGAGCGAAGACCUAUCUCAAGCAAGCGGAUUUCUCCAUGACCACUCAUAUUUUGAAGCGGUUACUAGAUCUUUCAAACGGAAACAAGAUGUACUUUGCUAAGGAUGCGCCUUAUAUGGGCGGGAAGCCAGUCCCCUGGAAUCAACAGAUGAUGUUCAAUUAUGCGUUCAUGAACCUAUGCAACGCGCACAGGAUUCUCAAUGACAACCCCAAGUUACUCGCAGAGUAUAAUUCGAUCCUCACCGCCAGCAUAGACUGGUUCUUUCACGGAGGUGGCGUGCAGACCAAAAAGGGCAAGAAAGGAAGUAGCGUGUACGACUGGGGCUAUACCGUACCGAGAACUAGUGGCGAAGAUUCGAAUCACGGCGCACUUGACGUUGCUGGGUUUUACCGUACCUAUAUAGACGGCCACUGUGGUAUCACAGCAAACCAGAUGAAGCCGUUCGCCAACAUGUUCGUCGAUGUCAUGACCCUAGGAGACAAGAGAUAUGCCGGAACUGUAGACGGCAGAACCGACGGUGAGGGUCACGCGAAACCUACCAACAAUAUUCGUAGUGGGUAUCUAUUUCUGGCUGAAUUUCGCCCUGACGCCUACAAGAACAUGAUGUCGGCCGAUCUAGUAGUUGGGGGCAAAGGAACUGGGAGCGCUGAUGGAUUUUCCCGUUUCCUCUGGGUGAAGAAUCAACGUGCUAAAGCGAAAUAAAUCAAGUUGCUUUAUAGCAUGGCAAAUACUCUGGAUUAAGUACUUCUCGACCACUCAUAACCUAGGUAGGUAGGUAACUACCUAGGUAACAGGUAGUAGGUAGCUAUGCUUUUGAUAUAUUUUGUAAAUUUGAGUUAUACCAUCACUUAGGUAGUUACAUAGAAAACGAGUUUAAUUUCGACAUACCUGUUAUGCUGUCCUCGUAACAAG